UCCACAGUCAUGGCGUCCUCCUGUGUGCCGAGAGGCAACGUGAUCACUCGAUAAAAUGAGAAAGUUUUUGUGUAUCCAGCCAACGAAUAUGUCAGUAGCAUCAUAAAUUAGUCCACAUCACCUCAAGAAAUAAGUCUUCACUCCAGGAGUUUUAUGCCUGAAGACUGCUUUGCAAUAAGAAUAGAGAUGGCCUCAUUUAAACCCACAAAAAUUCCAGUAUAUCCAAAACUUGGAGAGAAAGUCACACAAGACACCCUUUAUUGGAAAAACUACAAGACUCCAGUCCAGAUAAAAGAAUUUGGAGCAGUCUCAAACAUUGACUUUUCCCCUGUGGCUCCGCAUAAUUUUGCUGUGACAGCAUUCACAAGAAUUCACAUCUACGGCCCGUUCUCCCAGGAGCCUGUCAAGACAUUUUCCCGAUUCAAGGACACUGCUUACUGUGGCAGGUUCAGGUCAGAUGGCCAGCUGCUUGUGGCGGGAUGUGAGGACUCUGUAGUCCGGCUGUUUGAUGUCAGUGGCAAAGUGGCACUUCGGAUGUUCAAAGGCCACUCAAAGGCUGUACACGUAACAGACUUCACAUCAGACCGUUACCAGAUCCUCACGGGGUCGGAUGACUACACCUGCCGACUUUGGGACAUCCCAAAUGCAGUUGAGCUCACCGCCUAUCAAGAACAUGCAGAUUACAUCCGCUGCGGUGUUACGAGCAAACUCAACAGAGAUUUCUUUAUAACAGGGUCGUAUGACCACUCACUGAAAAUGUUUGAUGCCAGGAUGGAUAAGAGUGUGAUGACUAUGGAUCACGGCCAGCCAGUGGAAAGUCUUCUUCUCUAUCCAUCAGAGGGCCUCCUUGUCUCAGCAGGUGGGCGCUAUGUCAAAGUGUGGGAUCUGUUAAAAGGAGGCCAGCCUCUUGUGUCCUUAAGAAACCAUCAUAAAACCGUCACUUCUUUGGCUCUCGGCAGCAAUGGACAGAGACUGCUGUCGGCCUCUCUGGACAGGCAUGUAAAGGUGUACAACACAACCAACUAUAAAGUGGUCCACAACUUUGACUAUGCUGCAUCUAUCCUCAGUCUGGCUUUGGCUCCUGAUGAUGAGUCCAUUGUAGUGGGCAUGACCAACAGUAUUCUUAGUAUUAAGCACAGAAAAAGCCCUGAGGAGUCAAAUGAAUUAACUAACCAACAGAGACGGCGACCAUCAUAUCGUGUUUUUGUGAAAGGAAAGAACUACAUCCCAAAACAGGAUGAUUAUCUUGUUAGUAAGCCAGUGAAACAACAUUUGGCCAAAUAUGACAAGCAGCUCAAGAAAUUUAAUGUAUCUAAAGCUUUGGAUAAAGCCUUGGAGAGCUGGACAAGAUUGAAAAAGCCAGAGGUCCCUGUUGCUGUUAUGAAGGAGCUGGACCGAAGAGGGACUUUGAAAAACGCCCUGGCUGGGAGGGAUGAGUCGGGACUCUCUCAGUUACUCCAUUUUCUCAUUGGAAACUUGGUUGACAGCAGGUUUACUCCUGUCCUCGCGACAGCUGCUGAGAUGAUCCUGGACAUCUAUCAUUCAGUAAUCGGCCAGUCACCAGUUGUGGACCGACAGCUCAUCCGCCUGCAGGAGUUGCUAGAGAAGGAACUGGACUACCAGAGAGAUCUCCUGGAAAUUCUGGGCAUGUUGGAUACAAUGUUUGCCUCCUCACUCCCAAGGAAGGAGGUGCCAUGUUCUGGCAUUGGCAGGUCUAAUGGCCUGGUUCAGGGAGAAGCAAGUACCCCAAGACCACAGCUUCAGGUCACCUGAGAUUUGUGGGGGUAGAAACUCUUAGAGUUAUUUACCAACAGUCUAUUUUUUGAAGUGUCACGUCAUAAACUUCACCAAACAAACAUUUCAGUUCAAGUGAAGGCACCAGAUCUGCUUGGGGUCUUGUAUUUAAAGAUGUCAGGCCCUCUAAUAGGUUUUGCUAUUGGAUAAUUUUGAAUGUGAGGAGUGCUGGAGAGCUACACAUCACUUUUCAGAUGAGCUGUAUUAAGCUGAUGCUUUUAGUGAUCCAGCAGUUCUCGUUAUUACAUGAAUAUCAGUGGAUUGAUCUGAGGUUAGUAUCUAAUCUUGUGUAGUGCUUAAAUUAAAAUAUUUUGUUAAAAGGCAGCUGAUAAGACAUCUGCUAGAGACACAGAUGAGAUUUCUUCCUCUUGUCAAACUACAAAUAUGUCAGUUUCAACAUUUUUUCCUCAUUGAAUUCAGUUUGUGGGUUAUGUAUGGAGUUUAUUUUUCUUCUUUUUCUAAUAAAUAAGGGACAAUCAGAUUCCUGGACUGCCAUAGUACAUUGAAAACCAGCACUAAUUUGAUUACAGAAUUUAAAGCAUGCAAGUAUUCUUCUGUACAACCACAUAAUAUGAAUAUCCAAUUUUAAAUUAGCUGUCUGUCAUGCAACAAUGUGGCAUCAAAGAUGAACUUUCAGAUGUAUAAUGUCAUUUUUUUAAAAAGCAGGAUCCCAAGCCGAUGUGACAGGCUGAGCACAUUCCGUAGAGUUGGUGUUAGAUUUAAUCCGAUGGAGAAAUCCUGCUUUCUGCUGUGAAUGGUUUUUCAACUGUAAACAACUGAUGAUGCUGUGUGUAUUUGAAACUGGCACACAACAAUCAGUUGAGGUCUUUGCUAAGUUACCUGUUAAAUUUUUUUUCCGUUCUUUUUCAUUUAAAAAAAUGUCUCAAUGUUCAAAACCAAUGAUUGUGAUUUCUUUUUUCACUCCAAGAAAUAAUCUCAGCUCAGUAACGUCAUCAGUUUCGAGAAGUAAAAGCUCAAGAUUUGAGAUUAAUGUAGUGAAAUUAAAGUUGAAUAUUUUCCUUGUGUGUGUGUGUGUGUGUAAUGUGGGAAACCUGUGAGAGUUAUGGCUUUUUUUUUAAUUUAAAUUUUUUUUUUUUUUUUUUUUUGGAGAAUUAUGGCCUUGUACAGGCACAGUUUCAUCAAAUAAGCAAACAACUACUAACCAAUCACAGCUGAGCGGGCCUCUGGUUGCUAAACAACAGGUCAACCAAUAGCAGCUGAAAGUUCCUCCAACUGAUCCAAUCUGGCUCUAACCACUCUAGUCCCUAUUCUGGUUUCAGGAGACUGAAGCUAUGGUCUCUGUGAUGUUAAGAAUAAUCUUAGUAUAUGUGGAUAUAAAACAUUGUUUUUCUCGGAAAACCUGUAAUUACUAUUGUAAAUGUGUGUGUGUGCUUGAGUAAAUAAUUUUACUAUGAAUAUCUGUGUUUUCAUAACAAAAAUGGCGUAUGUUUUCAAGCAGAAUGAAAUCUUUGUCAUAUUAAA